AACUGUAUCUCUCCUCUCUCUCUGUCUCUCUCUACACUCUCUCUCUAACCUUAGAAAAACCAGAGCAAACAAAGCUAUACUAUUCUUCUUCUUCUCUCUGUGUACGGAAACCCUAGGGUUCUGAUCUGCAAUAAGGCUGCUACUAUCUGAAGCAUUAAUGCGUUUAAAGCAAUGCUUUUGAAGCUAUUUUAAUGGCGGUCUGAAUGAAGCUGUAUUCGUAUCUGUUACAGUGAAAGCAUUGACUUUGAGCUUCAUUGAUUCUCCACUUAAACUUUUUCUGUCUGUUUGUCUAUGUUUUAGCUAUUGCUUCGUUCUCUCUCGUCUUAGUCCUUCGUAUCCGAUUCUACAAAAAUCCCAAAAUAAACAAAGAAAAGGAAAAGAAUUUCCGAGAAAAAGUGAAAAUCCAUUGUUUCUAACCAUUUUGAGAACUGUUGCUUGGAUUCUAUUCGAAUUCUUUAGCUUUUUUGACUGGUAGUUCGAAGUCUCCAUACAUUCAUUCGUUGUAAAGAACCGACCAGCUCGAAUAAAGUCCGCGGAAAAGUAAUUUUCUCUCUCUAAAAGGGGAGGAAGUAGAGAGAGAAAGUGUUGUAAGAUGUUUCAACGCGACUCAGACGGCGAAGCAAGUUCUGAAACCCUAAAUUCAAGCCAGAGCUCGAUGAGCAGCGAUAGUUGUCCCAGUAUCGUUCGAUUGUCGUUCGACAAUCUCGAACUCUCAUCGACGCGAUCGCACUCGCCGGAGAACCUGAGGCUGAAGCCGCACCGGUCGUCGGAUUCGUCGUGGCAGGCGAUACGGUCGGCGACGUUCAGCCGGAAGUCCGGCCUCAAUUUCAGAGACUUCAAGCUCGUCCGGCAGAUCGGCAGCGGCGACAUCGGGAAAGUGUACCUGUGUCGGCUUCGCAGCGACGAGAGCUGUUUUUAUGCCAUGAAAGUGGUGGAUACAGAGGCUUUGGCUCUGAAGAAAAAGGUUCAGAGAGCAGAGAUGGAGAAGAAAAUUCUGAAAAUGUUAGACCAUCCGUUUUUGCCUACUCUAUACGCAGCAUUCGAAGCUUCGCAUUUCUCUUGCGUUGUCAUCGAGUUUUGUUCCGGUGGCGAUUUGCAUUCUCUCAGACAUAAACAGCCUUACAAACGCUUUUCUUUGAGCUCAGCAAGGUUUUACGCGGCUGAGGUUCUCGUAGCUCUAGAGUACCUUCACAUGUUGGGAAUCAUCUACAGAGACCUGAAGCCCGAAAACAUAUUAGUCAGAUCCGACGGUCACAUCAUGCUCUCAGAUUUCGACCUUUCACUCUGCUGCGAUGCAAUCCCAGCCGUUGAAUCACCCGACUACUCCCCAGACCCAUCCUCACCGUCCGUUUCGCAGUCUCCUCGCUCACUCACCCCCUUCUUCUCCUCCUGCCUCUCCAACCGGUUGUUCCGGUCAAAAAAAAUCCAAACGCUGUCGAGGAACCGGCUGUUCGUGGCCGAGCCGGUCAGCGCCCGGUCCUGCUCAUUCGUUGGGACCCACGAGUACGUCUCACCGGAGGUGGCCUCCGGUGGGUCCCACGGAAACGCCGUGGAUUGGUGGUCCCUCGGGAUCUUCAUCUACGAGAUGAUAUACGGUCGUACGCCCUUUUCCGGCGAGACCAAUGAAACCACCCUGCGAAGCAUCGUAAAAAAACCCCUGGCCUUCCCAACAAACUCGCCAGUCAACGAGCUUGAAAUGCACGCGCGAGAUUUAAUAUCCGGAUUGUUGAAGAAGGACCCGGAAGUUAGACUCGGGUCGAAGCGCGGGGCUGCUGACGUGAAGACCCACCCGUUUUUCAAGGGCAUGAACUUUGCUCUGAUACGGUCUGUGAAGCCGCCGGAGAUUCCGGGAAUCCGGGGACAGAAAACGACGACGUCGCGUCAGGAAAGGAAUGUGAGGCAAUCAAUGGCGUUUGAUUACUUCUGAUUUGAGUUGAGGGAAGACUACUGUAGCCGUGGGAGAUAAGCCGUUCCCGCCAGAAUUUUGUCUGCUGACAACUGUAUAUUCGUGGGCCGAUUUCUCUUUAUUAACUACUCCACUACAUAUAUGUUUAGAAGUUGUACUAGUAAUUUGUAGGAGGUGAAAUCAAUAUGAAAAUGGAAAUUAGUAUUUUCAGAUGUCAAUUUUUGUAACUUUAGAAGAUAUAUUACUCCUCCAUAUAAAUAUAACAUCUUCUUAGUAGAUUCGAUCAAACUCAAUAUUUAGUAGAUGGAUAAUCAAAAGUAGUAUUAGUAUAUUAUUUAUGAAAUGAAAA